UUAUUUACACACUUUGAAGUAAACCUGCCCCGCAAAAUACUGGUUUCUGCACUCGUCCCUUUUGUUCUGGUUCCGAUUCCGAUUCCGAUUCCGAACUCUCUCUCCCCAAACGCACUAUCACUGUGUUUUCUUUUUCUUUUUCGGUAGUACUCUGCACAACGAUCUCCCUCGACUGCCACCAAUUCAACACCAACGACUCACCUACACUGGUGUAGUAGUCACAACUCGCGUUCAUAACCGAAACCGACCUCUGUAAGAGGGUUGGUUUCUUCAUCACAUCUCUGCUUCAUUUUUCAGAUCAAAACCCUAAAAAAUGGCGACGAAAGCAACAACAGCCUCUGCAACUCUUCCGAAGUCUGGAGCUAUCUCCAAAGGCUACAACUUCGCUUCUACUUGGGAACAGAAUGCUCCAUUGACGGAGCAACAGCAAACAGCAAUAGUAGCACUUUCUCAUGCAGUUGCCGAGCGACCCUUUCCUGUCAAUCUGUCCCGGGAGCAUAUCUCCCUAAAGGAUAAUGGUUUGUCCAUUUCCACCGAUCCCAGCAUGGAAGAAUCCAUGACCAUUGAAGCGGUUUUGGUCAAUGCAAAUCAGUUUUACAAAUGGUUUGCGGAUCGUGAAGCAGAAAUGAAGUCAGAGACAGAAGAGAAGUAUCAGCACUAUGUAAACAGUUUAACAGAGCGCAUUCAAACAUGUGAUGGUAUACUUCGUCAGGUGGAUGAAACCCUUGACUUAUUUAAUGAAUUGCAACUUCAACAUCAACAAGUGGCAACAAAGACCAAAACUCUUCAUGAUGCAUGUGACCGACUGCUGAUUGAGAAGCAAGGACUGAUUGAGUUUGCGGAAGCGCUUCGAAGUAGGCUCAACUACUUUGAUGAGUUGGAGAAUGUUGCUACCAAUUUUCAUUCUCCAAAUAUGAAUGUUGCAAAUGGAAACUUUCUCCCGCUGCUUAAAAGACUCGAUGAGUGCAUAUCAUAUGUAGAAAGCAAUCCACAGUAUGCAGAAUCCAGCGUUUAUCUGGUCAAAUUUAGACAACUCCAGUCUCGAGCCCUGGGUAUGAUUCGUUCUCAUGUACUUUCUGUUCUCAAAAGCACUUCUUCCCAGGUCCAGACAGCAAUCAGAAGCAGUGGUGGCAGCAAAUCAGGUGUUUCUGAGGGUGUAGAGACGUCUGUCAUUUAUGUCCGCUUCAAGGCCGCAGCAAGUGAGCUUAAGCCAGUGUUGGAGGAAAUUGAAAGCAGAUCACCCAGGAAAGAAUAUGUUCAAAUUCUGGCAGAAUGCCACAAACUAUACUGUGAACAGCGGCUCUCCUUGGUAAAAGGCAUUGUCCAUCAACGGAUAUCUGAAUUUGCCAAGAAAGAGGAAUUGCCAUCAUUGACGAGAUCUGGAUGCGCAUACCUAAAGCAGGUAUGUCAGCUUGAACAUCAACUCUUUGAUCAUUUUUUCCCAUCUUCUUCAGAAGAUAUAUCAAGCAUGGCUCAUUUAAUAGAUCCUCUGUGUACUUACUUGUAUGAUACAUUACGGCCAAAACUUAUUCAUGAAACAAAUCUUGAUAUUCUUUGUGAGCUUGUUGAUAUUCUUAAAGUAGAAGUUCUAGGAGAACAACUUGGUCAACGAACUGAAUCAUUGGCUGGAUUACGUCCUACAUUAGACAGAAUUCUAGAAGAUGUUCACGAGCGAUUAACUUUUCGUGCUAGAAAGCAUAUACGUGAUGAGAUUGCAAAUUAUAUUCCUUUCGAUGAAGAUUUGGAUUACCCUGGAAAGCUGGAGCAGUUUGCUGAGACAAAAUCAGAAACAGCUUCUGCCGAUGAAAGCCCAGAUGUUUUCAAAACCUGGUAUCCUCCCCUGGAGAAAACUAUAUCAUGUCUUUCGAAGUUGUAUCGCUGUUUAGAAUCUGCAGUUUUCACUGGUUUGGCACAGGAAGCUGUAGAAGUUUGCUCUGAAUCCAUCCAAAAAGCAAGCAAACUGGUUGCAAAAAGAUCAUCCCCAAUGGAUGGGCAGCUUUUUCUUAUAAAGCAUCUCCUUAUCCUUAGAGAGCAGAUUGCACCUUUUGACAUUGAAUUUUCAGUCACACAAAAGGAACUUGAUUUCUCUCAUUUACUGGACCAUCUAAGGCGGCUUCUUAGAGGUCAGGCUUCGCUAUUUGAUUGGUCAAGAUCAACUUCCUUGGCAAGGACCCUAUCCCCCCGAGUUUUGGAAAGUCAAAUAGAUGCCAAGAAGGAACUGGAGAAAAGUCUCAAAGCUACUUGUGAGGAGUUCAUUAUGUCAGUAACUAAGCUAGUUGUGGAUCCCAUGCUUUCCUUCGUUACCAAGGUGACAGCUGUUAAAGUUGCAUUGUCAUCGGGCAGUCAAAAUCAAAAGCUAGAUUCAGUUAUGGCAAAACCACUGAAGGAUCAAGCUUUUGCUACACCAGAUAAGGUUGCGGAACUUGUUCAGAAGGUCGGUGCUGCUAUUCAGCAAGAGUUGCCAACAGUGAUGGCGAAAAUGAAACUUUACCUGCAGAAUCCAUCAACGCGGGCCAUACUUUUCAAACCAAUAAAGACUAAUAUCAUCGAAGCCCAUAUUCAAGUGCAGUCUCUGCUAAAAUCAGAGUACUCCCCUGAAGAGGUACAAAAAGUUAUCAAUAUGGUUUCCAUGCAGGAUCUGCAGGCACAACUUGACAACCUCCUGUAGGGUGCUGGUGAAGCCCUUAUUAUUCCCUCAUCUCCGGCCGUUGCGUUUCGUUUGUGGCAUUCAUUUAAUUGAAGGGGCUUUAAUUUUGUCAGUAGGAGUUGAAAUAUUUUAGUUUAGUAGUUUGUGAAAAUUACAGGAUGAAUACUGCAAAAACAAAGUGAACCUCAUAUUUUGAGUUCUACAUAAAAGAUGGGGAAAAGAAAAUUCAUUGGGUAGUGUUUUAGAAAUUCUGCAAGGAAGCAAAUAUUGAGUGCCCAAGAAAGAUUUAAUGUUUUUUAUUCUACUAGUUUCUUUUUUGAAAUUCAUUCUUAUUCAUUGACAACAUCAAAGUACAUAAUGAUUUUGUAAUUACUUGCUUAAUCAUAUACUCUGUAUAUAUGCCGAAUACUUGGAAAGUUCCUUCACAAGACAUGAGAUGAUAUUCCUUGGAUGAAA